CAAUCCAAAAUAUCUCUACCGUCUCCGCACUCCUUAAACCACAUCAACAUAUCAAAACUCGCAGCAAACCCAUGAACAAGCAAGAACAAGAAUGAGGACUGGAACGAAUCACUUGUCCCUGUCCCUACCCCCAUCCUUAACCCCACCAAGAACAACACCCAGAAUCCUAUCCCAACAGCGAAGCCCGGACCUUUUCCGCUCCGGCGCCGUGCGGGCGAUUCCAGCGAAAGACGCGGCGGCGGCGAUAAAAGACGAGGGGUUCCGGCUGCUUGACAUAAGGCCGGCGUGGGAGAGGGAGAAGGCGAGGGUGAAGGGCUCACUCCACGUGCCUCUCUUUGUGGAGGACACUGGCGUGGGGCCCAUCCCCCUGGUGAAGAAGUGGGUGCAUUUUGGGUACAUUGCCUGGACGGGGCGGGCCUGACGGAGAUUUAGAAGGUUCGUGAAGGAGGUGGAGGGGGUUGUGAGUGAUAGGGAGGAGAAGUUGCUUGUGGUUGAGGGUCUCAGGUCACUGAUCGCUGUAAAAAAAUUGCACAAGGAAGGGUACAAGAAUUUAGGGUGGCUGGCCGGAGGUUUCAACAAAGCCAGCGACGCUGACUUCCCCGAUGUUGAGGGGACCACCAAGUUGCAGUACGCCACCAUUGGCGGAGCUUCCUACUUCUUUCUCCAAAUCCUUUUGUUGCUGAGAGUAGUUGGCAAUGACGACAAAUGAUGAGGGCUUGAGCUCUCUAUUUGGUUUGGAUUUUUGUUAUUUGAGUUCUACUAAUCUGCCUUGGAGUAUGAUUGGCUUUGCAUUGUUUGCUCGAUCAUGUGUGGAGGUUGCAAUAUUCAAAUUGUUUUUAUUUUUAUUCUCAAGGACUGUUUGAUUCGCUGAAAGUGUAAUUGCGAUGUAAGUGUCAGUUUCGUGCAAUUACAGUUGCAGUUUUUUUGGUUCUCUUUUUUUCUUUCAAUUUGUAGUUGCAAAUGUAGAUUUCUAUUUUAGAGCAUCA